AUGCCACUCACACCCGUCUCUCAGCCGCCUCACGCAAUUAGCCAGGCCGAACAUGACCAGCUCACGUCCUCGACGCCCGCGAGCUUUGACGACAUCCCACCCGUCCUUCGAUGGGAGGGCGACGCUGAAGUGAGCCUCGCGGUGCCGAGCUGGACUGCGUGGGACACGGCCAACGGCGACACCGGAGAGGGAGCACAUGGCGUAUCCCACCGCGUCCCGGGACGGAUGUACGUCACUGAGCAAAACGUUGCAUUCAUUCCGACGGAGCAGCAGGGAUUCGCCCUCCCCUUCCCCAGCCUCACUCUACAUGCACUCACUCCUGCUGGACUGCAACCCGCCCAUAUUUAUUGCCAGAUCGACGAGGGUGAUACAAAUGACGAGGAUGAGUACUCUGCGCUGGCUGAGAUGCGGGUCUUUGUCGCCAAUGACCAAUUGACACCUCUGUUUGAGGCGCUGUCGGCUUGUUCUGCGCUGCAUGCCAGUCGACUCCCGACCGGCGAAACUUCCAGCUUCCUUGGUUUCGCGGACGACGAGGACGAGGACGAGGACUGGGAGGACGACCAGUUCGAUGACGCCGACGAACCGGCGGGCGGAAGGCUGGAUACAAACAAGAACGGGGCACCAAAGACGAGCGCAAAGCUGAAAAAGACGAGAGACGAGGCAGGAGCUGGCGACGCGGAGAAUGACGAUCCCAUCUCCCAGUUCCUGGCAAAGGUCGACUGGACUGGCGUGGAGUCCGACGGGACGUGGGUCGACGUGCCCGGCAGCUCGCUCCAGAGCCAACUUGACGUGGCCAACCAGCGCAUCGCCGAGCUCGAGGCGAAGCUGCGCGAGGCCGGGCUGGGGCCAUAG